UGUUCUGUGACACAGAAACAGAACAUAACCAAAGUUUUUAAAUGAUAAAUAGCAAAUAAGUUACUGUGUAUAUAAUAAAAUCCAAAUUCGAAAAAUGCCAUAUAAAUAUAUCGGUAGAACAACUGAUUUUAAAGGAAAGACACUAUGGGAAAUAUUAGGAAAUCUCAAGAACUUUGGAGUCGGUCGAAUAAUAGCGAGGAAUAUGUUUGAAAGAUACCCAGAACCAUCAUAUAUAAAAAUUCUGAAGGUGGAAACCUUGCCCAAUCCGGAAAAACCCUCGCAUGAUGAUAUUCGUAAAGUAAGAGUAUGGGUCGAAAAAACGUUCAGAGGAGUAACUGAACCAAAAACUGUAUGUCUUGAAUCAGUCAGCUACAAAACAGAUUAUAAACUCAUUCCUAAAGAUGCUGAGGUGGAAUAUUGCAAAAAAACUGCUGAAAAACCUGUGAAAAUUUUUCCAAAGUAUAUUGACUUCCCUCCGCUAAUGAAAGAGCUUUUGAUACGAGAGGCUAAAUCCCCUGAAGACAAAACAUUGGCAGAGCAGGUCAAAUUAGAGGUUUUGUAUAACAGAAUCAGUAGAAUUAAAUCAUACAAAAUAGCUCAGGAAGGAGAAGAACCCAAUGUUGAGUUAGUAACUGGUUUAGGAACUCCAGUUUCCCCUCGAUUGUAUGAGGGAGUAAAAUUGUGAUGAGAGGUUUUAAAUAAAUUAUUCACAUAGAAAA